AUGGCGACUACGUACGAAAGCUUUAGUUUGUGCACUACACCAGAGAAGUUUUACAUUGAGGCUUGUGAUGAUGGAUCCGAUGAUGUCCUUGCCAUUGACAGGGUGUCAAAUGAAAUGACCCUGACAGUGAGGAAGGACAUCCCUUUGUCCACUGAGAGUAAACCAAUAUAUGGAAUUAUGGGCACUAUUCGGAUGGUAGCAGGCAUGUACCUGAUUGUUAUCACAAAGAAGAAAAAAGUGGGUGAUCUUCUCGGCCAUGCUGUGUGGAAGGCUCUAGACUUUGAUGUAAUCUCUUAUAAGAAGACUAUGUUACACCUGACAGACAACCAGAUGCAGGAAAACAAGGCCUUCCUGUCAAUGAUCCACAGUGUGCUUCACACAGAUGGCUUCUAUUUUGCUACAGACUAUGACCUGACCCACACUCUGCAGCGCCUGGCUAACACCAGCCCAGAGUUCCAGGAGAUGAGCUUGCUGGAGCGGGCAGAUCAGCGCUUUGUCUGGAAUGGUCAUCUCCUGCGAGAAUUCAUCGCACAACCAGAGCUACACAAGUUUGCCUAUCCCGUUGUUCAUGGCUUCAUCAUGAUGAAGUCAUGUUGCAUUAAUGGAAAAGUCUUUGAAUGGAAUAUUAUCUCUAGGAGGAGUUGUUUCAGAGCUGGUGUCCGCUACUACGUCCGAGGCAUUGAUUCAGAGGGCCACGCUGCAAAUUUUGUGGAAACAGAGCAGAUUGUGCAGUAUAAUGGGGGCAAGGCUUCAUUUGUACAGACCCGAGGUUCUAUCCCCUUCUACUGGUCCCAAAGACCUAAUCUCAAGUACAAACCAAAGCCUCAGAUAAGCAAAACAGUCAACCAUAUCGAUGGAUUCCAGAGACAUUUUGAAUCCCAGAUUAUUCUUUAUGGAAGACAAGUGAUUUUGAAUUUGAUAAAUCAAAAAGGCUCAGAGAAGCCACUGGAGCUGGUGUUUGACAAGAUGGUGACCAGUUUAGCAAACAGCAUGAUCAAGUACAUAGCAUUUGACUUUCAUAAGGAAUGUAGUCGAAUGAGGUGGCACCGCUUGCAGAUCUUGGUGGAUAUGGUCGCUGAAAUACAGGAUGAAUUUGGAUACUUCCUGGUGGAUGCAGAUGGUAAAGUGCUGAUGCAGCAAGAGGGGACAUUCCGUAGCAACUGCAUGGACUGUCUAGAUCGAACAAAUGUCGUCCAAAGUCUGUUGGCCCGACGUUCACUGCAGUCGCAAUUGCAGAGGUUGGGAGUCCUUCACGUUGGCCAGCAGAUUGAAGACCAGGCAGACUUUGAGAAGAUAUACAAGAAUGCAUGGGCAGACAAUGCAAAUGCAUGUGCCAAGCAGUAUGCUGGAACAGGAGCGUUGAAGACAGACUUUACAAGAAUGGGAAAGAGGACUCAGUGGGGCAUCCUGAUGGACGGCUGGAACUCUGCCAUCAGAUACUAUAAGAACAACUUCUCUGACGGCUUCAGACAGGACUCCAUUGAUCUGUUCCUAGGAAACUAUGCUAUUGAUGAGGCUGAUAUGACCAUGCCUCUCCAUGAACCCAAAGACUGGAAGUUCCUCACGUUGCCUAUCAUCAUGGUGGUUGCAUUCUCUAUGUGUAUCAUUUGCCUGCUAAUGGCUGGUGACACAUGGACAGAGACCCUGGCCUAUGUCCUGUUCUGGGGCACAGCCAGUGUGGUGACCGCCGGCCUCAUCCUGUUCAAUGGUCAGGACUUCGUAGAUGCACCCAAGCUGGUGCAGAAAGAAAAGAUGGACUGAAUGUGCGCGUGUGGAAAGCAGCUGGGCCCCGCAGACCUUUCUUUCUCCAUCUUAUCCUCCACUACAUCAUCACUUUACCGCCAGCAUCAGAAGGCCUGGAACCUGUACUGAGCAGAGGAGGGACUAUGGAACAUAUUGUGUGCGGGGCAGGAGGAAGGUCCAGUUUAAAACACUAUUCUAAAGCAACUGUAAGGUUCAAAGACUGCUUAUACACUGGGCUGCUGCUGUCCACACUGUUGGCUCAUGUUUUCGAUUGGACGGCCCUGUCCUUAUGUUUUACUGUAUAUACUAAACCUCUUGGGGUCCUGUGAUAGCUUAUUAUGUCCCCAUUUCAAGGAAAAUCUAUUAGAUAGGACAAGGGCAUUGCAGAACUUCUGCUGUGUUGCCAUGCCACAGGCAAACUUUAACAAUGCAAUGGGUUUUUAAAAUGUCGUCUUUUUGUUUACUGUUAUGUGCGCUGUUCACUUCUCUCUCUCUCUCUCUCUCUGCUGUGUCUUACAGGGCAGCUGUUUCAUGUGAUGCUAGCGUAAGUUAGCCAUGAUAUGAAAAGAAUCAGCUAUCCAGUGUUUGAAAACAAUAGAAAAAAAUUACCUGUUUGAUUUGUCACUCAAAUUGUGUACCACCUCCACAAGCCCUCGCUAUAUAGUGCCAUGUUGUUUUCAACACUCACUAUGUGCAUAGAUCAAGAUUUAGGUUGCCACAAAGAUGUCUUUAGUUCAUUUCAGUAAGUCAUGGAUAGAUUUUAAAAUAACCAUGGAGAAAUAAAUGUGUAGAUCAGAGUUUUUGAUGUCCUUCCAGAGGAUUGCUCUUGAAAUGUUCAUUGUGUGACGCUAUCUUUGGUGCUUGAUUGUAUCUAAAACGCUUCAUCCUUUGGCUGCCAAUAGAGUUUUGUGUCUGUGCUGUAGUCUUCCAAACUACCAUAUGAAAGGCUCAAAAUUUGCAAAAAGGAAAGUCAGAACAAUCGUUAGAACAACAAUGAAUACAAUCUGGACUAAUUUUAGCCUCUAAUCAGUUUAAAUCUGAAGAGGGCAAAACUGUGCAAUUCUUAAUCAUUAGAUGAAGGGUCCAUGUUGACUUACACUGAGCAGGACCAAAGUCCCGUUGUUAAAUAAAGAUGACCUUUCAAGGAGAGAGGCGCUGCUGAGUUAUUUCAGUGUUCACCAGAUGGACCACCAUGUAAUCAGGGUUUUUUUUUUAAUCAUAGCGUGGGGUCUCAGGGAUGGUUUUCACCCAUCUACUCUUUCAUUCCACCCCAGCCCAUGUUUUCUGUCAUUGCCCCGCUCUAACAUCUGGUCUCUCUAGCGUUUAUUUGGCUUUACUGAGGUCAGCUGCUGCUGUGAGCUGGUUGAGGGAAAGGCAGGCCGUUUGUACAUAGAAAACAUCAACUACUAUCACAGGACAUCUCUAUGGCACCUCUUAACUGUCAGACUAGCAUUUGCCAUUCUUGUAAACAAAAUAAUGUUUUAUUGAUAUUAUUUCUCUAGCUGAUGUUUAUUUCCACUCUGAUUUUCCAUAUUGGGAGUGACAUUUCUUUCACUUCAAUUGUAGUGGUCCAAUAAUAAACAAGGCAGA